AUGAAUCCCAAAGGUAUUUGCUUACCAGAACAAUGCGUUCCGAAUCCUUGUGCCCACGGGGCCUGUAAUGCCACUACAAUGGACAAAAACUUCACGUGUACAUGUGACACUGGAUGGACCGGGGAUUUGUGUGAGCAACGCGGUGUUGCAGAAGCCGGUUUCGCCUGGUGGUGGAUACUUUUAAUCGUGUUGCUGAUCAUACUCAUCAUUGUAAUCAUCAUCAUCGUGGUCUGCUGUUGCCGCCGAAAACGCCUGGGUCGAAAACGUCACACCGCGAAAUCCGGUGGGUUAGACAGCGACCAGUUGGGGAUGGACAGUCAGUUCAAUGACCCCUGGGAUGCCGGUGAAAAGGAUUUCACCGGAUCCAUAGAUUACUCUGUCUUCCAACCCGGAUUCAAACUACCCAAUGGACAUCAACGAUACACUCCUGACCGAAUGACAAAUGGUUCAGCUACUCAAGGUAAAUCACUUCCUCCUACGUUUAGUACAACUGGAAUGGUUCCGCGAGAUCAUGGGCAGAAGACAUCAGUGAUCCCACCGUGGGUUAAAUUUGAGGGGCAAGAAAAUCCAGCAAUGAAUCUAGAUCAAGCUUUGGAAUAUGGAUACGAGGGAUUUGAUGGAAAGCCACCACCGGAGUUUUGGGCUGACGAUCCUGCGCGCUUUGAAUCCGAUCAAACCAGUGAAGAGUAUUCAGACGAACAGCCAGAUUCGAACAACGAUCAGGAUCCAAACGUCAUAAACUUGGAAAGAAACAUAUGA